CUUAAUAAGCAACAACUGCAGUUACUGAAAGAACGAUUCCAGGCCUUCCUCAACGGGGAAACCCAGAUCGUGGCUGAUGAGGCAUUUUUCAAUGCUGUCCGGAGUUACUAUGAGAUGUGGGAGCCAUCUCUUUUCCCUGGACUGGUCCUUUGCUCAGUAGGCAGAGAGAGAUGAAUCUGCUCCAGAUUGGCACUCAGAGGAACAGCACUGCUUCGGCCUGGCUCGUGAAACUGACUCUCCUCUGGCUUCUCAAUCAGAGCUGCUGCGACGCCAGCGCCGUGUGGACCGCGUACAUGAACAUCUCGUUUCACGUGGGGAACCGCAUGCUGUCUGAGUUGGGGGAAACCGGGGUGUUUGGAAGGAGCUCCACUUUGAAGAGAGUGUCGGGAGUGAUCGUGCCACCGGACGGAAAGUCGCAGUAUGCUUGCAACCCCAACACCAGCUUCAGCCGGUCGAGGCACUUCAAUGUGUGGCUCGCCCUGAUUGAGCGGGGCGGCUGCCCCUUCACGCAGAAGAUCAAGGUGGCGGUGGAGAAGGGGGCCAGUGGGGUGAUCAUCUACAACUUCCCGGGGACCGGCAACCAGGUGUUCCCCAUGUCCCACCAGCCCUUCGAAGACGUCGUUGUCGUGAUGAUUGGCAACCUGAAAGGCACGGAGAUCCUGCACCUGAUCCGGAAGGGAGUUCACGUCACCAUCAUGGUGGAGAUGGGGAGGAAACACAUCAUCUGGAUGAAUCACUAUUUUGUCUCUUUCCUGAUCGUCACCACCGCCACAUUUACGUACUUUGUCUUUUACCACAUCCGGAGGCUCUGGUUAGCAAGGGCGCAGAGUAGGAGGUGGCUGCGCCUUGCCUCGGAUCUCAAGCUCGCCUUCAGCCAGCUGCAGCUCCGGGUCCUGAAAGAAGGGGACGAGGAAGUCAGCCCCAACGGGGACAGCUGCGUGGUCUGCUUCGAGCUCUACAAGCCCAACGACACCAUCCGCAUUCUGACGUGCAAACACUUUUUCCACAAGAACUGCAUCGACCCCUGGAUUCUGUCCCACGGGACCUGCCCCAUGUGCAAGUGUGACAUUCUCAAUGCGCUGGGGAUUCAGGUGGACGUGGAAGACGGAACGCAGUCGCUGCAGGUGCUGAUGGCAAACGAGUGGCCUGGCAUUUUAUCACCCAGGGAAGAGGGGAGGGCUACUGAACUGACUCCUGCCCGGCAGCCGGAAAAAGCCACCCAUGCGGGAGAGGCCCAGGAGCGCCCCGCUUCCCUGAACGAGGGCCAGCCUAACCUGGCGGAAGACCUUCAUCCUUCACCUUGAUGGCCUGGCCUUUGAGGAAGCGGAUUAAACCUGUUUGUCAAACCAGGUUCUAAUACUGACAAGCAGUUUGCUUGAAGUGUGGUUUUGUGUCCUCUUUUGUUACUUCGGUAAUGUCCUACAUCCUUUGUCGAGCCCGAAAGACAGAAAAAGAAAAA